GCCUCCCGCGGCAUCGGCCUUGCGCUCGCUGCCCGUCUUCUCCGGGAUCCCACUAAUCUCGUCGUUGCUGCAGGUCGCAAUCCUGACAAGGCCACCGCACUACAGGCACUCAAGGACGAUCCUGCAACAAAGGGUCAGUUACACAUUGUCAAGAUCGACGUCGACGACGCGGCUUCCAUCCGCGCCGCGUACGAACCAGUCGCACAAACAGUCGGCGAGAAGGGUCUCGACGUGCUCAUCAACAACGCCGGCAUCCUACUGGCGAACGAUGCGCCGUUCACGCUCGACCCGGCUGUCAUGGUGCCGCAGUUCGUGACGAACGUUGUCGGGCCGACGAUCGUCGCGCAGACGUUCCUCCCGCUCGUCGAGAAGAGCCGGCGCAAGCUGAUCGUGAACGUCUCAAGCUCUCUGGGAAGCAUCGGCAUCGGAUUCGACAAGCGCUACUCGUCGUACUCGAUCACGAAGACGGCUCUGAACAUGCUUACGUACAAAAUGAAGGUCGAGCGGCCGGACCUAACGGUCGUCACCUUGAACCCUGGCUGGGUGAAGACCGAUCUCGGCGGAUCUGAGGCGCCCCUCGAGCUCGACGAUGUCAUUCCUGGUAUCAUAGACGUCUUGAGCAAGCUGAAAAACGAAGAUAGCGGCACAUUCGUCCAGUACGACGGUGCACGGGUGCCCUGGUAG